GUUCCUUAUCUUCUCCCAAGUUCCUAGGGUUCUUUUCAGUCAUUUCCCUUUUUGCUUAGUGAAGGUUGGGGAAUUUAGAAGAAGAUGGCUGCAAGCUUUGCUUCCAGAUGCUAUAGGGUGGGCCGUUCGUUGAUGGAUGGCCUUCAAAACUUCUCUAAUUUACCAAGCACAUCAAGAGAGAUGGCAUGUGGAAGUUUCCUGUAUCAGCAACAAAGGACUUUUAUACAGAUGAGAACUGUUCUCAAAGUAGUGGACAACUCGGGGGCAAAAAAGGUGAUGUGCAUACAACCGUUGAAGGGGAAGAAAGGGGCAAGAUUGGGAGACACCAUAAUUGCAUCUGUAAAGGAGGCCAUGCCUAACGGAAAGGUGAAGAAAGGGAAGGUGGUAUAUGGUGUAGUCGUGCGUGCUGCCAUGCAGCGAGGUCGUUGUGACGGGAGUGAGGUCAAGUUUGAUGACAAUGCUGUUGCUCUUGUUGACAAGCAAGGCCAGCCUAUAGGGACCAGAGUUUUUGGCCCAGUCCCGCAUGAGCUGAGGCAGAAAAAGCAUGUCAAAAUCCUCACUUUGGCAGGGCACAUUGCCUGAAGCAUGGAUCAAUUCCCCUGCCGAACGUUCGAGUUUUUUUAGCUUCCCUAGCAUUUAGAUGCUUUUAUGUUGUCCCAAUAACAGAAAAAUACAGAAAGAGGCAAGAUUAAUCUUUCCCUCUUCUUGUAGUAGAGUCUAGAUGGAAACUGAACACUUAUCACCAUCCCAAGCAACGAUGUGUAGAUAUGUUUGCCUGAUUUCCAAUGGGAAUGCAACAUAUCUGAUAAGACAAAAUUGCAUUCAUGGUCUCAUGCUGUUUUCACCUGGUUGAUUGAUUAGGAGAUCUUCAGAAGAGUUCUCUUUGUAGAAACGCAAGAAAAUUAUAACGAAAAGUA